AUGAAGGUAUUCGUAGUACUCGCUUUGUGUGUGGCAGCUGCCGUAGCAGGUCCCGAUGAGGACGUUUGGUUGCGUUACAACCGACGUAUGCCCGGGUCAUACUACACGAUGCAGCCGCUCGAAAGACCCCCGAUUAAUGGCCGCAUCGUCGGAGGUAUCGACGCUGACAUCGAAGACUUCCCGUACCAGCUGUCGCUGCGUCGCGGUGGAUCGCACAUCUGCGGUGCCUCGAUUAUCUCCGAUCGGUGGGCCCUGUCGGCCGCUCACUGCACCUAUCCUACUCCGGUUCUGUCCACUAUAACACUCCGUGGAGGUUCGAAUAAUCGUCUCGAAGGUGGUGUUUUAUUUGACGUUGAACGUAUUGAGAAUCAUCCUGCCUACGUCGACCCGACUCUGGAAAACGAUGUCUCCCUUCUGCGCAGUACAGUUGAAUUCGCAGGAGCCAACAUUGCCGCUAUUGCUCUAGUUCCGGUCGACACCUACUUUUCAGCAGGUACCCGAGCUGUCGUGUCCGGAUGGGGUCUAACCAGUGUUCCCGGAUCGCUGCCAAUCAUUCUUCAAAAGGUUGACAUUCCCAUUAUUGACCAAGAAACCUGCAGAGCUGGAUGGCCGGUUGGCUGGGUUACCGAUGAUAUGCUCUGCGCCAGCGAACCAGGUCGUGAUGCUUGUAAUGCAGAUAGCGGUAGUCCGCUGGUUACUGGUGGACUUCAGAUCGGUGCUGUCUCGUGGGGUUCCGACUUCUGCUUAGGCAACGAGCCCGGAGUCUUCGCACGUAUUGCCUUCCCGGUGAUCCGCAACUGGAUCGCAGAGGUCAGUGGCGUCUAA